AACACAGUUCAGAGAGAGAGAGAGAGAGAGAGAGAGAGAGAGAGAAGAAGGAAAUGGACCGAUAUAUCCUCAAAGCCUUGGAAGGUGAAUUUUUAUGGUAUGAUGAGAGUCCUCCAGUAUUACUGAAUCAAAGUGCUUUUGUGCCGUACACAAAUAGACCCAUUAGUAAUCAGCUCCCUAAUGGUGUGGCAAAAUCCAUGAACGUGAACAAGAGGAUGCUGCAAUUCUUGAGGAAAAGCUGGCAACCUGCAGCUGCAAGAAAUGAAGCCGGAGAGGACGGCAGAGAACGGGGGGUUACGCCAUAUGAUCAACGAGCGCAUGAGGAGGGAGAAGCAGAAGCAAAGCUACUUAGCCUUGCAUUCUAUGCUGUCCGCUGGAACCAGGAAUGAUAAGAACUUGAUUGUGCAAAUGACAGCAAUGAAUAUUCAGCAGCUGAAGAGGUAUGAGGAGGAGCUGAGAAAGAAGAACAUGGAGCUUGAAACACUUCUGGUAGAAAAUGAAAAGGAGAGAGUGAAAUGGACAAAGAUUAGAUUAAAGGUGGCUAAUCCUACAUCAGGAAUUGAUUCUACGUUGGAGGUUCUUAAGUGCUUGCAACAUUUGGGUUUGAAAGCCAGAAAUAUUCGCUCUAAUUUCUCACUCGAGGAGUUUUCAGCAGAGCUGGAAAUUGAGUCCAAGAUUGGAGCCGCAGAGAUAGAAGAGUCUGUGCAAGAAACACUCUAUGAAGCCGAGAGGAAAUUGCAUUUUCCAUUUCCAGCAGGAAGGUGAAGGGAGAGAGGAAUACCGUGCCUCCAUUGACACUCCUUUUAACUUUAGUGAAUAUUAUUUUAAAUUCAUUGGUAAUAUUAUUGGAUUUGGAAAAUGAACGGGUCAAAUUGUCUCUUAAUUAUUUUAUUAUUAUAUCAUUGAAAAAUUCAUUAUAACAUUAUUGAAUUUGGAAAAGUUCCAACUUUAGUGAUCUUUAAAUUUGACUAAAUUCUAUU